AUGCGAGCGCAUCCUCCACGUCACCGAGCGUCAGUCACUUCUCCUGUCGACCCUUUCGACUCAUUUCGCUCCGUCCACUUCGGCCAGCCUCCCGACCAACACCGGCGCCCUCUACGCCUAUCCCUCGGCCCAACUACCGCCUCAACUACCCACAGCCUUGUCCUCGCCGGCCCAUCUCGCAUUUCAUCCGGCUGGCAAUGCAGUAGCCGGCGACGGCAGCGGAUUCUGGUUGGCACCCAAUCUGGCCGCCUGGUGAACCUCCUUGUUCUUCUGCCGCUUCCUUCAGCAUCAUCAACUGCUUCUUAUUUUCUUCCUCUUCUUCUUCUUCUUCUUUUCCUCCUUCUCCUUCUCUUCCUUCUUCUUCUUUUUCCUUUUAUUUUUAUUCUUCUUCUUCCUCUUCUUUUUCUUCCUAUUUGUCUUCUCAUUCUUAUUCUAAUCCUUCUUAUUCUCUUCCUCCUUCUUAUCUAUCUUCUCCUCCUUCUUUUUCUUAUUAUUCUUCUUCCUUCUCCUAUUCUUCCUCUUCUCUUUCUCCUUAUUUGUCUUCUUAUUCUUCUUUUCUUCCUCCUUCUCCAUCUUCUCCUCUUUCUUAUUAUUCUUUUUCUUUUUAUUAUUCUUCUUCCUCUUCUUUUUCUCUCUAUUUGUCUUCUUAUUCUUCUUCUCUUCCUCCUUCUCCUUCUUCUCCAUCUUCUCCUCCUUCCUCUUCUUAUUAUUCUUCUUCCUUCUCCUAUUCUUCCUCUUCUUUUUCUCCUUAUUUGUCUUCUUAUUCUUCUUUUCUUCCUCCUUCUUCAUCUUCUCCUCCUUAUUAUUAUUCCUUUUCUUUUUAUUAUUCUUCCUCUUCUUUUUCUCUCUAUUUGUCUUCUUAUUCUUCUUCUGUUCCUCCUUCUUCUCCAUCUUCUCCUCCUUCUUCUUAUUCCUUUUCUUUUUAUUCUUCUUCUUCCUCUUAUUUUUCUCUCUAUUUGUCUUAUUAUUAUUAUUCUCUUCCUUUUUCUCCUCCUUCUUCUCCAUCUUCUCCUCCUUCUUCAUCUUCUUCAUCUUCUUACUUUUCUUUUUAUUCCUUUUAUUCCUUCUCUUCUUCCUCUUCUUUUCCUCCUUAUUUGUCUUCUUAUUCUUCUUCUCUUUAUCCUUUUCCUCUUCCCCCUUCUUCUCCAUCUUCUUCUUCUCCUCCUCCUUCUUCUACUUCUUCUUAUUCCUCUUCUUUUUCUUCCACUUCUUCGUGUAAUUAUUCCUCGUCUGAAUUCGUCACCACGCUUCAAGGCUAUACUCGGUCCGGCCAGGCUCCAUUGA